CCRUGCACACGACGAUGAACCUUACCCUUCUAUCAGCUUUACUCUGUAUCCUAAGCUGGAUCUCUGUCUCACGUUGCAAUUUUCACGUUGUGGAGGUUCAGACCGGUGAAGAGGUCACGCUGUUGUGUACCAACUACAGCAGUGUCCYYUCUMACAUAUCCUGGUUCAGACUGGACAACAGAUCCAACACCAGYCRMAUCUCCUCCAUGUYRRACCCUGACACAGAUGCACRGCUCAGCAAURGAUUUGAAAAAGAAAAGUUCAGCAUGACGUCCAACGUCAGUACCCUCUUUCUCCAAAUCAAACAAGUGGAUUUAUCUGACUCUGGACUCUAUAUWUGUGGAYUUACCAUGAACAGAGACUCCAAAAAGGUCCCAACAAUUUACAGUGCAACAUAUUUGAAGGUUMAAGGUAAGAUCGCUGCAGAGUUUUGUUUGUAUUUUGUUUUAAGGGAAAUAGAUUUGGAGCCAAAGCGUCUCGAUCGCCACCUGGUGGUGGACUGCCAUAUAGAAGAGUCUGAUGCACAAGCMAAUCUGACCAUCAAGACCCUCAUGGGCRGYUUGAUUGUCCUCCUCAUUAUAAUCAUCAUCGUYCUGGUUCUUAAAAUCUGGAAACUUCAUCCAGGACAUAAUGAGGCACAGGAUCCACCUCACAAUACGAAUAUGGGCUYUGGUGACCUGAAUUAUGCRGCACUGAGUUUCYCUUCAAGAGCAGAGCAGAGCAGAAGGCCUGCUGGAAGAGGAGAGCUGGAGCCUAAUGUUGUGUACGCCACCACCAUGGACUCAAGAAACCUCUGUACCUGCAACUUAGAGAGGAACUGAGGCUCUGUCGUCAGUCUGCUUUUGGGAUUUUGUGCUGCCACAAUUUAAAAUCUUACUUAAAGUGAAGUCUUUAUCUUCUCAUUGUACAUGUGUAUCUUGGUGCAAAAGAAAUAAAGGCAAAGGAAGGAAAAGGUCUUGAUGAUUGUCCAGAGUCUUGUUUUAGUCAUGACCUCCGGGGGGAUGUUCAUAGAAUAUUCAUAUAUAUAUAUAUAUAUGAAUAUUCAUUAUCUCAAGGCACUUUGCAUAUAAGGUCAAUCCAUCGUCAUGACCCACAACCACCAUCACAAUCCACAGGUCAACUUAUAGUUUGGGGCAGGUGGAGGUCUGCAGUGCAUCACUUGUUUGACAGGA